CAGUGUCAACUUGUUGUCAAAGUAAUACCACUGAUUGAGUAAAUUGUUUCUCAAUAGUUCUCAGUUUUCUUUCUAUAAAGAUGUCAAUGUCAUCAGCUGUUGAUGUUUGAAAAUAGCUAAUCUUUACGUGACGAUUGCAAGAUUAUAGACUGAUUGUCAAUUUACAACAAAAGCUAGGCUUUGUCCAAAGCUAAAUACCAUUAUGAGUACAUCGGCGGGCGGUGCAUAUAACUUUAAAGUCGUGUUGUUGGGCGAGGGAUGCGUCGGCAAAACGUCACUUCUGUUGCGUUACAUCGAGGACAAAUUCAACGACAAACAUCUUACUACGCUUCAGGCUACUUUCCUUAACAAGAAAAUAAAUAUAAACGGUAAGCGCAUCAACCUCUCUAUAUGGGACACCGCUGGUCAGGAAAAGUUCCAUGCUCUUGGGCCAAUAUAUUACCGAAAUUCUAAUGGUGCAAUCCUAGUUUAUGACAUCACUGAUGAAGAUUCUUUCAUAAAGGUUAAAAAUUGGGUAAAAGAGCUAAAGAAAAUGCUUGGUCCGGACAUUGUUUUAUUGAUAGCUGGCAAUAAAAUUGACUUGGAGCAUGAGAGAACAGUGCCUCUUGAAGAAGCAGAAAGUUAUGCAGCAAUGGUUGGUGCCAAACACUUCUACACAUCUGCAAAAUUAAAUCAAUGUGUAGAGGAUCUUUUUUUGGAGCUGACGCGUGAAAUGGUUGAAAAACUUGAACAAAACUCCCAGCGGGAAGAAAACCGAUCUUCUCGGGUCCUAGUGGUUGACGAUGAGGCUCCUGCUCAAUCCUCUUGUUGUUCCGGCUCCAGAAGCAAUUAACCAUCUUUCAUCACUUGUGGACAAUAACUUAACGUCUCAGCUUGUUUUUAGUAUAAAGAUGAUUACCUAUAUUAUUAUUAAACUUAACCUUUUCAAUGCAAUAUGAUAACAAACAUCUCUAUGUUUGAAGACACUAAACUCAUCAUUCAUAUGUAGAUAGUCAUUGAUAAGACUUUGAACAGUUAAUAUGUGUAAGUAAUAU